AUGGUAGCUCCUUCUCAGAAAAGCGCUUACAGGCCUUCCGCUAGUCUAAUACUGGCUGCCAAAGACGAUUCCAACAAGGAAUACGACUACAGUUUACUUUUGAUCAAACGCGCGGAGGGCACUUCCUAUACCCUUAAUCACUGCGUCUUCCCUGGAGGUGUGUUUGAUCCCCGAGAUGAUGAGUCUCCCGAAUGGUUGAGAUAUUUCAGCUCCUUCGGGAUAACCGCUGAGCAGUUGAAAAUACUUACCCACGAUCAGCAAUCGCCCAGGCCGGAGUUUCUCUCUGGCGGGCAGCACCUUUCCAAGGACAUCGCCCUAAGGUUGACUGCCCUCAGAGAAGCCUUCGAGGAAGUGGGAAUCCUGAUAUGUGUGAGCCGUGAUUCCUUUAAUAACUGGGAUAGCACGGCAAAGGGGCUGCCACCACGGGCUUUGCUCUUGGACCCCAUCAGCGAUCGCACCGAGUGGCAGCGUCGUGUUCACAAUGAUGCCUCGCAAUUUCUGGAGCUGUGCAAGCAUCUCAAUGUAAUACCCAACCUGUGGGCCCUUCACGAAUGGUCUGUUUGGCGAACAGCAGCCACGGCCAAUCGAAAAUACGACACGGUGUACUAUGUUACCACGCUGGACAAUGAUGCCAAAGAGGUGAGCCUGCUUCUGGAACCACACGAGGUAGCUUCAGCCCAUUGGAUGAGCCCAAAGGAGGCCUGGUCCCGCUCCCAAGACGGCACCAUCUGGCUUCCUUUCAUGCUGCUCUACGACACGGCUCGCCUGAUGAAUUUGCACCGCUGGCAAGAGCUCGCCGACUUUUCCCGCCAUCGAAGCAUCUGGGGCGGCACAAUGGUGCAGCCCGUCUACUAUCGCUCCUGGCGCUUGCACACAAACUAUCAUUCUGUCGGGGUCGUUGAAUGA